GGCACUGUGGCUUGGGCCAGGUUGACACGGCCGUGAAAUUGUCUGCCCAGUCAAUGAUUUAACUGCCUGCUGGCCCUUCCAUCCUUCCGGAGUCCCUCACGGUCUAAUCGAUUGCUUUAUUUCUCCACUCUUUAUUUCACACUGGCAUCUAUAGGAUACAAAUCAGUCAUUUGCAUUUAUAAUGUCGAGGAGGACUCCCGUUUCUUCUGUGUCUGAUUCCAGUACCGGCGCUGCGCCGGGCUCGGACGGCGGGCAAGAGAAGCAGAAGAUGCUUCUAUCUCAGGAAACAGGCCACUUUAGCUUGGUCAGGGCUCUACACCUUGCUGAUCUCAUCACUGAGCUCAAUGGAUUCUGCGGAGUGAUGUCGGUCUUUUCGUCGAUGCGUUACUGCCUAGGAGACUCUCACGAAUACGGCGCUAUCUGGGCGGCCCUGGCAUUCAUGCCCUUUGGUCUAUUCUUUGAUUUCAUGGACGGAAAGGUCGCGAGAUGGAGGAGAAAGUCAUCUCUGAUGGGCCAGGAACUCGACUCGCUGGCCGACCUGAUUUCAUUCGGUGUUUCGCCCGCUGCCGCGGCCUUCGCUCUUGGAAUCCGCACCCCGGUCGACCACUUGAUCCUUGCCUUCUUCGUUCUCUGCGGUCUCACUAGACUUGCGCGGUUCAAUGUGACCGUUGCCGUCUUGCCCAAAGACAAGACUGGCAAGUCCAGGUACUUUGAAGGAACUCCGAUCCCGACAACUCUGUCUAUUGCAUCUAUCAUGGCCUACUGGGUCUCCCAGGGUUGGAUUCUCGAUGACCUACCUUUGGGCCUCGUGGCUGAAGGCACACCUUUUGAGUUCCACCCGAUCGCACUGCUCUUCGCUGUCAGUGGCUGUCUCAUGGUCAGCAAGACCAUCAAAAUCCCUAAGCCAUAGACGUAUCCCUUUGAGCAGGGCUCCGUCCCACAGGAAGAGAGUCGAAUUGCGUCUACCUGUAUAGGAUCGUUUUUACACGGCACACUCACGCAGUGGUGGAAAUCGCACAUGGAAGAAAGUAAGAUACGGGUUCUAAGGGUAUUAGACGCCAAGAGUCAAAAGUUUGAGACGCCAAUACACGGCGUGGCAGGAUGAUUGAUGAUUAAGUUUUGUAAUUACUGGUAUAGAAUAGAAUAACAGUGUUCAAAGGCUUAAA